GCAGAUAAUAGCACAACCCACUCGGUCGGCUUGCUCAGGCAGACCGCUGAGAGAGGAGUUUUAUGCGGUCUGAGAGCCGGGGAAGGAGUUCACGGUUUGAUGGUUCUUGAGUUGUUCGUCACUAGUUCGCAAAUGGUGUUAAGACAUUCCGUUUUAAAACCAACCUCAGCUGAAUUUAGAAACUGUUCAGAUAUGAGUGGAACUGCAGCUUUAAAGGUGGAAGCUAACGUAGUGGUCCUGGGAGCAGAUAGGGUCGGCAAAACUGCGCUCACAGUACGUUUUCUAACUCGGAGAUUCAUUGGAGAAUAUGGAGAUAUUGAAUCAAUAUACAGCCACAACGUUAUUGUGGAUGGAAGAGAUAUUUCUUUCAAUAUCUGGGACUGCCCUUAUUCGCAGGUAAGCUCAGAGGACCUGUCAGAAGUGAAGUGUAUCCAGGAGAAGAGGACCCAGUGGGCGGAUGGCUUCAUUCUGGUGUACAGCAUCUGUGACCGAGCCAGCUUCAGCAUCAUCCGCCAGCAGAUCCAGUGCAUCAAAGCCACGAAGGAAUACCUGGGUGUGGAGAAGGUGCCCAUCGUGAUCGUGGGCAACAAGCGGGACCUGCACCACCGGAGGACCGUGUCCAGCGAGGAGGGGAGGCUCCUGGCCCUCUCCACAGACUGUGAGUUUUACGAGGUGUCUGCAGCAGAGACCUACCACGGGGUCCUGCUGGUGUUUCACGGGCUGCUGGAGAGAAUCAGGGACUCCAGGACUUCAGCCAAGAAGCCGGCUGGGAUCAAGAGCAUUGUGAAGAGCAUGUCCGCGGUAUUCGCAAGAAAGAGGACGGAUUCUGUAUAACAAACCGGGCCCCGGGGGCUGUUGCCACAGUCUGUCUUUCAGUAACUGUUUCUGCUGUUAAACUGCUGGCUUACUCACCCUAGCCACUGCUGUGGUGGCUGCUUGUUAAAACUGUUUUUAAAAAAGAUAUAUAUGUUUGAAUUAGGUUGAGCUUUUUAAAAGCGGUCCCCAUUAUGGCAUUAAGGUAGAAACAGUGGGAAAGGUUUUUCAUGUGCCGUACCAAACACUCCUAAUCAAACGCAAAUGCUUAUUUUUAGGAAGGACUGCAACUAGAUUAUCAGAGUGACCGUUCUGAACUGGUCUUCUGAGAAGCACUUAAUGGGUGAAGUGGAGAGUGGUUAAAAGGGGAGGUAAGGACAGCAGCAAUGAGGGAGGUAACACACUACUUAACAGGGCGAGUGGGAAGGAAGUAAAUACUUCAUCCAAAGUGAGCCGCACCAGUGAAAUAUUACAAUACUGAACAGGUCAUCAAAACAAGGGGAUGCUGUCUGCUGUGUAGUCCUUUCCAGUCACUUAGUUUGCUUAACAGAAAAGGUCCCUUGAGAAGAGACCCACAUCCAUUAUAAGGAGAUCCAGGGGAAACACAGUGUGGUUUGGGUCGGUCAGGCACCUUAGAAAACCCUCUGUUGAGCCCCAGUUGCUUUUGCAACCCGGUGAACUUGUGAUCAGCAGCAACCUGCGUCCUUGUCUGUUCAUUUUACACUGCCUCCUUGUGGAUACUUUGUCCCUGGUUUCGUUAUUCUAUUCACCAAUGCAAUACACAAUCCUCUAUCUGCCCGCUGUCCUGUUGUAUCUGAUACCCAUAACGUUGCUACUUCUGUAUUUGUGUUUAGAUUGGAAUAAAGAGUAAUAUUGGUACAUGCAGCUCAAACCUGCCAUCUUUGCAUUCACACCCAUAUCAAAGCCAAUAUAUCAACAAGGAGCCUAACAGAAUGAUAAAGUUUUGAACAAAAGUAUUGACAAGAAUCUCUUACCGUAACCUGUUGAAACUCUGAAAUGGAAAGCAGGUAUUUCAGAUUGGCUGGUAUAUAUUUGCACCCUUAAAGAAAGGUUGAAACCCUGUGUAAUAGAGGCAUGCAGGACAAUAAAACACUGAGGUAGUGUACAGACAAAAAACUAAAACAGCAGCAAACGCUGCACACCGUUCCUGGAGGUGCACAAUGAAAAUGUGUUGAUAAUACCACUUGUAUAAUGAACUGUAAAUAUGUACAUGUACUAAUUUAAGUUAAAUGUAAAAUGUUUCUAUUCUUUUUCAGCUCAUGCUGUAAUAAAUCCACACACAGACGC